AAAAACCAUCAUGGCGGCCACCAGACUCAUAUCAAGGUUAACGCUGGUCACCGGAGGUGGCAGUGGGAUUGGACGGGCGGUAUGCCAGCGUUUAGCCUCUGAGGGCGCCUCUGUGGUGGUUGCUGACAUCAGCGAGGAGUCAGCAAAUGAAACCCUGGGGAACCUCUCGACUGACCUCAGAGGGCAGGGUCACAUGGCGGCAGUGGUGGAUGUGUCGUCAAAAGAGAGUAUAAAGAAGCUGGUCACAAGUAUACAGGCUCGUUACUUCCAGCCUCCCUCAGUGUGUGUGAACGCUGCGGGCAUCACUCAGGACGACUUCCUGCUCAGCAUGGAGGAGGAUCACUUUGACAAGGUCAUCCAGGUCAACCUGAAGGGUUCCUUUCUGGUCACUCAGGCUGUAGCUCAGGCUCUGGUGGCCUGUGGAGCACCAAAGGGAUCCAUCAUCACUGUGGGGAGCAUCGUGGGCAAGGUGGGAAACAUCGGGCAGGUAAAUUACGCCGCCUCUAAAUCUGGAGUGGAAGGUUUAACUAGGACGGCGGCCAAAGAGCUCAGCAGGUUUGGGAUUCGGUGUAACUGUGUGCUUCCAGGUUUCAUAUCGACUCCGAUGACGGAUAAAGUACCAGAGAAGGUUAUAUACAAGAUGAAGUCUUUAGUGCCUAUGGGGAGGAUGGGUGAGCCUGCAGAGGUCGCUGAUGUCUGUGCCUUUCUAGCUUCAGAUGAUUCUCGAUACAUCACAGGAGUCAGUUUAGAAGUGACAGGUGGACUUUUCAUGGGCUGAAUCAGCGUCUGUCUCUUUGAUAAAGACCAACAGGAGGCCAGUUUCUGCAUUUAAUUGUUGAAGUGAUUCUACUUUUUAUAGCUCUCAGUCAUGAUUGUGUUUUAUGAUUGUGGUUCUGAAUAUGUACUGUACAGCAUGACGCUACUUUCUGUGCCAAUAAACACAAGUCUUUGUAAUAUUUUUGUACAGAAUUUAUUUUAAUUUGUAUCUAUAACACUAAAUAAAGAUCAUGUUUACUUCUU